AUGCAAAACGGCAGCCUCGACGGCCCAUCCACCCAAGAUGAACGUGUAACACCUGUGUCUGAUCUCACACCCCUCAACGGGUCUGAAAUCGAAAAUUCAACGGAUUCUGCGCCCCCCGAAUCGAUCCCUCCCGAGCCGAAAGAUGUCGAAGCUGUCCCGCAACCCGAAGAGCCUCCAUCCAAGAAACGCAGGCUGACGGAUUCUACCUCAUCGCCACGUUCCACCUCACGCCCACCAUCUCCGCCAUGGAAGAAAGCUGGUUUUGAUGGCCCGACAUCGUUCUUGCUUGAAGGGAAGCGUAGGUCUUCGCGGACCAAUGCGGUCCCUGUCGAAUCCCAACCGCCAUCGGAUAAGAGACACACGCGUGGAGCGCAGAAGGGGCAUGGCAGGUCCGCUCGCGAUAGCAACAAACCGGUCACUUCCUCACCAUUAUCCGUGACGCAGUCACGCGCCGAACUCAAUGGAAAGCUUGGUGGGAAGACUACCAAUGGAUCCCCCAGAACCCCAUCCUCGCGCACGGUGGCCACCAAGCCUCAACGAGUCUCACAAGCGCCCGCUUCUAAACAAAGUCAUUCGCGCACACGAUCUCGAGGUUCCGCAACGCUACCUCGUCCCCCCGGUACAAACGGGACCAGCUCUCGUUCUCUCCGCGAUCGACAUUCCCUUUCAACAUUAGCGCAAGAAGUUAACGGAAGACCAGAUAAUGUUAAGAUGGAUGGGGACGAACAAGAUCAGGGCUCACAAAAGGUUCCCCGAUUACGGCUCAAGGUUGGCAAACCUGUCCUUCCGAUUCGACACCCCGGCCAUGUCCCACAGAAGAAAUACACGUCAUUCCGGGAAUGGGUAGACCAAGAAGACCGGUCGAACACACUGUCAAAUGAUGAGGCUAUAAUUGAAGCGCGCAGACGGCGCGAGGUUAUGGAUGCUGCGGAGGCUGGUGGACCGCUAAGCUCGGAAGUUUGCUCGGCAUACCUUACUGAGCAGCAGGAGGAACCCGCACCGCAAUAUUCGCACCAAGAUCAUUUGGUUUCACACGCGCUAUUCUUCCAGAAGCUUCUCGUCCAGGAGCACAAACGUCACCGACAGACCGCCAAAAUGUUUGCGCAAUGGUGUGCAGAUGCUUAUCGGAAACGCCAUAAGAACCCAGAGGAUAUUCUCCGCGAACAACAAGAGGAAAUGCGUGGGAAGCGCAAGCAGUUGGCCAAGGAUUUGCAGAAGAUGUUCGACCUAACCCGGGCCGACAUUGACCGCGUUCGUCUAGCACGCUGGGAAGAAGAGCGCAAAGUUCAAGACCAACAAGCCCUUGACCGUGCGAUCCAAAAGUCCACGGCGCUGUUUGAGAAACGGCGAUCAGAGAUAUUAGGCGAAGUGCCUAGUGACGCCCCUGCGACGAGUGAUGAUGAGGACCUCGAUUCUGGCUCUGAAUCUGGCUCAGGCGAAGACGAUGAAAGCAAUAUGUCGGGUUCUGAAUCCGCAACUGACGACGAAGCAAAUAUCGAUGAUGAUGCUGCCUUAACAGCCGAAGAACUCCGAAUGAAAUACGCCAACCUACCUGAUGAUCAAACCGACCGAAUGUCAAUAGCCUCUGGAACCACUGCGAUGACCAACCCCAACGAAUCCAUGGAUCCCGAAACUGCCUUAGAAGACGAUUCCCAAGCUACCCCCGGAGAUACCAAUCUUGAUGACGUGGACUCGGUGCUCAUGGACGACAGCGAUGCCUCCACCGAUAUGGACGAUGAUAUGGGUGAUAGUGAUGAGGUAGCCGAUGAAUCGGGCGAAGGAGAUUCAGACGAAGAUGGCGAUGACAGAUCUGGUCUGAUGGGCUUCUUUUCCAAGAAGGAGAUCUCCACACCCAAGGACUGCGAGGACGAAGCUGAAGAUGCAGAUCCUGAACAAGUUGAUACCUCGGACGAUGAAUCAGAUGAAGAUGAGGAUGAUGGAUCUGGUUUGCUUGGAUUCUUCUCCAAGAAAGACAUAUCUGCAAUCAAAGAUGAUCGGGACGUCAAGGAAGCAGGCACGGAUAUCGAGCAAGACGAUGAUGAGAUUGACUUUGAGGAUCAGGAUGAAGUUUCUCUUGUUCCAAACGGACCAACAGCUAGCGAAGGCGAUUUUCCUGAAGACAACUCGCCUGAAGGAACAACCUCCAAUAUUGUCAAUGCAUCCGAAGCAUCUCCUGCUACUGGCGGAGAAACACCUGUCAUGGAUACCCCAAUGGAAGAGGAGGCAACUGAACCAGAAGCUGAAGAAGUCACUCCUGUUGGCGUGACAGAUGACGCUGAUCAGCCCCAGCCUAUGGAGGUAGAUACCGUCCACGAUGGCCAACCCAGCGGCGAACUGUCCAGUGAGGCUUCGCCGGGAACAUUUGCAACCAAACCAUCUGAACCCGAGUCCGUCUCUUCACUUGAGCCUGCUAUUGAGAAGGCAUUGCAAAUAUCCCACUCGCCUGCUCCUGGUAUGCAAACACCUAUACCAUCACUACUCCGCGGUACGCUACGUGAAUACCAGCACUACGGUUUGGACUGGCUAGCAGGUCUAUACAACAACCACAUCAACGGAAUUUUGGCAGAUGAGAUGGGUCUGGGUAAAACAAUUCAAACAAUUGCCCUACUCGCUCACCUUGCCGUGGAUCAUGGUGUCUGGGGCCCGCAUCUAGUAGUUGUUCCCACCAGUGUGAUGCUCAACUGGGAAAUGGAGUUCAAGAAAUGGUGCCCAGGUUUCAAGAUCAUGACAUACUAUGGUAAUCAAGAAGAGCGCAAGCAGAAGCGCCGCGGUUGGACGGACGAUAAUGCCUGGAACGUUCUGAUUACAUCGUAUCAACUCGUCUUGCAAGACCAGCAGUCUCUCAAGCGAAGGAACUGGCACUACAUGAUUCUCGAUGAAGCGCACAACAUCAAGAACUUCCGAUCGCAGAGAUGGCAGGCCCUUCUCACGUUCAAGUCCCGCGCCAGGCUUCUUUUAACGGGUACACCAUUACAGAACAAUUUGACUGAGCUCUGGUCCCUUCUCUUCUUCUUGAUGCCCUCUGACGGCUCAAGUGGUGGAGUUGAAGGGUUUGCAGACCUGAAAGACUUUUCUGAAUGGUUCCGCCGUCCAGUAGAACAAAUUUUGGAGCAUGGCAGGGAAACUAUGGACGAAGAAGCCAAGGGUGUCAUUACCAAACUUCACACAGUUCUUCGUCCAUAUAUUCUGCGUCGGCUAAAGGCCGACGUUGAGAAACAAAUGCCCGGCAAGUACGAGCAUGUUGUCUACUGUCGGCUCUCCAAGCGUCAGCGCUACCUCUACGAUGGCUUCAUGUCGAUGGCGCAGACCAAGGAGACGCUCGCAUCCGGAAACUUCCUUUCUAUCAUCCACUGUCUCAUGCAGCUUCGUAAGGUCUGCAACCACCCUGAUCUUUUCGAAACUCGUCCCAUCUCUACCUCCUUUGCCAUGCCACGAUCUGUGGUAACAGAUUUCAAUGUCAAGGAAUCCCUUGUUCGGCGAAGGCUCCUUUUUGAACACCCUCUCACCAAGAUAGACUUGGAUUUCCUCAACCUCGCCCCCGUUUCUCGCGAAGACAUCUCGCGGCGAUUGGCCGACGACAGUAUGAGGCUCAUGGCAAUUGGUCCUUUCAAAACUCUUCGCGAACGCCAGUAUAAUCGAACCAAUUGGGAAAUGGGCUUCGAUGGCUCCAACAUGCAAACUAUAUUGGAAUCUCUCGAGAACGCGUGCCGCAAGAGGCGAAUGGCCGAGUUAGAGCGCUGUCUCUACUUUGAAACCAAGCGUCACGGCCGUCGUCCUAUCUAUGGUAGCAGCCUUGUUGAAUUCCUCAGGGCUGGCACCAAGGAGCAUGCUCUGUCCAAUGCACCACUACGGAAGCGCUCAAUGUCCGAAUGGCUGUCGAGCCGAUCCUCAGUGCUCGCUUCGAUGAUUCUGACUGUCGAAGAGCGAGCCCUCGAAAUGGAUGGUUACGUUCAGAGAUUCGCCUGUGUCACACCUGCUGCCGUCGCUGCAGGUAUGAACGAAGCGGCCUUGACUCCUGUCGAGACACGGCUUUUGACGAAUACCCGCAAAGAUCAGCCUUACGAUCCAUUCCAUGAAGCACGCAUGCGCCUCUCUAUUGCGUUUCCAGACAAGAGACUUCUCCAGUAUGAUUGUGGCAAGCUACAGCGCCUAGAUAAGUUGUUGCGCGACCUCAAAGCUGGGGGCCACCGAGCAUUGAUCUUCACUCAGAUGACCAAGAUGCUCGAUAUUCUGGAACAAUUCCUCAAUAUUCAUGGCCAUCGCUAUCUUCGGCUCGACGGAACUACAAAGGUCGAGUCGCGACAGAUGCUUACGGAGCGGUUCAAUAGCGAUCCUCGUAUUCUCGCUUUCAUCCUGUCUAGUCGAUCCGGUGGUCUCGGAAUCAACCUUACGGGCGCCGACACGGUCAUCUUCUACGAUCUAGACUGGAACCCAGCCAUGGACAAGCAAUGUCAAGACCGUUGCCACCGCAUCGGUCAAACUCGGGACGUACAUAUUUACCGAUUCGUGUCCGAGUACACCAUUGAGUCCAACAUUCUCCGCAAGGCCAAUCAGAAGCGUAUGCUGGACGACGUGAUUAUCCAAGAAGGCGAAUUCACCACGGACUACUUCACCAAAUUGGAGACUCAGGCUCUGGCCGAGAGCGACGAGCGCGACGGCCAGGAUGAGGCCAGUGCCGCCAUGGACCGUGUCCUGGGCAAUCGCGUCGCCGGCACCCGCGUCUUCGAGCACGCAGAGGACAAGGAGGAUCUAGACGCAGCCAAGAACGCGCAGAAGGAACAGGAGCAUGCAGACGAUGGCGACUUCGAGGAGCACAGUGCUUCACAUGGGACUCCCGCACAAGUCGGCACGCCUCUGGACGAUGGCUCUGGAACCCCUGCACAAUCCGUACCCACCGAGGACCCAGACUUGGAGGUGCAGCCUGGUCACAUCGACGACUAUUUGUUACGCUUCAUGGAGUGGAACAUGAAGGAUGAGCCCCUGGUUCUGCCUCCAGAUAAGAGCAAGAAGAAAUCCAAAAAGGGCAAGGAGCAUCAUCUCAAGAGGCGACGCUAG